UUUAAGCGGCCGGUGUUGUUUGUGGUGACAGUUCAGCCGGGCCGAAUUUCUGCCGUCGCACUUCGGCUGUUAUACUGUACAUGUGGCUCUGGCCGCCUGGUCCACUGGUGUCUCUUCGCAUGGUGUCUACAGGAGCUGGCGGCGUUUGCGCCCAGAAAUGAGUAGCUUUCAUGUAGAUGAUUUUAUAGCAGGGUGGAUAGGUGGUGCAUCUAGCGUUAUUGUUGGACACCCACUUGACACAGUAAAGACACGUUUACAAGCUGGAAAGGGAUACAGAAAUACCCUCCACUGUAUUCUCACGAUCUACCAGAAGGAAAGCAUUUAUGGCUUCUUCAAAGGACUCUCCUUCCCCCUGGCCAGCAUCACGCUCUACAACUCGAUGGUGUUCGGCUUCUUCAGCAAUGCGCAGCGGCUCCUCAGCCAGCUUCGCCAUGGCGACGCCAGGCGGCCCUGUGGCAUGCUGGACCUGGCGCUCGCCAGCAUGAUGACGGGUCUGGUUUCCGUGGGCGUCGGGGGCCCCGUGGACCUCGUGAAGAUCCGGUUGCAGAUGCAGUCCCAGCCGCUCCUGGCAGAGAGCCUCCACUUGGCAGGAGACGUCUCAGUCCGUGGGGUGGAGCUGCAGGGAACACGGCUGUACCGGGGUCCCCUGCACUGCAUCGGCAGCAUUCUGCAGACAGAAGGCGUGCUGGGGCUGUACCGGGGGGCUGGGGCCAUGAUCCUGCGUGACGUGCCUGGAUACACCCUCUACUUCAUCCCCUACAUCCUGCUCUGUGAUUGGUUGACCCCUGAAGGCAGCACCUCCCCUCACCCGUGUUUCAUUUGGCUCGCCGGAGGAUUGGCAGGCUCUGUAUCCUGGGUUACAGCCACGCCCACUGAUGUGAUUAAGAGCCGACUGCAGGCCGACGUCCUUCACCAGCGGAAAUAUGAAGGGAUUCUUCACUGCAUCAACCACAGCUACAAGACAGAGGGGCUACACGUCUUCUUCCGGGGGGCCACCGUGAACGCCAUCCGCGGCUUCCCCAUGAGCGCUACCAUGUUCCUGGGCUAUGAGCUCUCGCUGAAAUUCAUCCGGGGCCUGUAGCCGCUCAGGCGGUCUCCUCCAACCCAGGGGGGGGGGGGGUUCGCUGAUGUUGUCCUCACACAAAUAACAGGGCAAACACACGGGGCCUGUCGCUUGCUGUACAGCAACUACCUUCUUACGUUAAGAAAGGGUAUGAAAAUAAGGUAGAAUGUUUAUCAUAGAUAAUGUUUACAGUUCUACAGUGUUAUAAUGUUUAAGAACAAAAUGCAGGAAAACAGAUUUUCCUCUAAAUGUAUUCAGAGUGGCUACUUUAGUAAGUACACCUGAGUAAUACCAGGUCCAACCCCCUUCUUUUCUCCAGGACCACUUUAAAGGUAGACGAGCCUUUCUGUACACUACUGCACUGUUAUUUUCACACUUGUGCUCUGUCUGGCCAUUCUUCUCUGGUCCCUCAUUAACAAGAGAUCUGCCCCUGAUUGGAUAUUUUUUGUUGUUGUUCAUCACAUCAGUUCCUGUAUCAGCAACACACGGCACUUUUCUUUGUUUAUCAAAUUCGUCUCUGUAAACUCUAGACACAGUAGUGUAUGAAAAUCUCAAGAGAGUAUUUGUGAGAUGCUGGAUCACUUCCGGCGUACUCACAUUGGUCUCGCUUGCCUUGUACUGAGCCUGAGCACGAUUGCCCGCCCCCCCCCACUGGUUUGUACUCACAUUGCACUUAACGUUCUGAGCCAAAACACGCUUUCGCCAUUGCCGUGCGACUUCUUUUGUGUUGAAGAUAACAUAGGAAGGAAAGCACAAUCACAGAGCACAAUGGAGUUUAUCAUUAAUGCCCUUAUUUCAUGAUUUAUUUGGAGUCGUUUUAGGCGUGAUGACACAGAUUUAUCUAGUAAAGCGAUUUUUAUUUAUUCAUCCUGCACGUAUAACAAGAUAGUUCCACAUUUUACCAAAUAUCUCAGCGUUUGUGCUAACAAUCACACCAAGGUCAUUAUCACUUAUAUCAUAUGUCAUAACUGCUCAAAUGCUUAGUCGAUAGUAACUGAACCUCUUGACCAUGUCUGCAUGUUUAAUGUAUUCAGUUUUAGCCACAUCAUCCACUGUUGAGUGGGAAAGGCUGUUUGCAUUAACAGACAGGUGUACCUAAUUAACUGGCCACUGUGUUUUUAAGCAUAUUUUUAUAUUCUCCAGGUAAUACUAUACAUAUUGUGUAUGUUGUACCUGCCUGACUGUAAAUACAGCCAAUUAAACCUCAGCUGCAAAUAUAAUAAAACUAUUCUUUACCAUCUAAUGGGUCAGUGAUUACGCGUGCCAAUUUAAUUUACGCAGCUGGUGUAACAAACCUUAAUUUCAGCCAUAAUUCGACUGUUAUUAACGUGAUCGCGCACCAGUUGGUUGAAAAUGUCUUAAUAUAUCUGGAAA